AUGGGUCCACCAGCUCGCCGCGAAUCAUAUUCCGGUCCUUUGUUACCGACCGGAUAUCAUAAGGAACAUCAUUAUCAUAACCACCACCAUCACCAUCUUAGUUAUCCUCAUGACCAGCGUGUAUUCGAGGUUGUUGCAAAUGACGAAGCUUAUAAUUUAGUCUCGCCUUUUGACAAACUUGAACGCUUUAGUGAAGAUGACAUUAGAGAAACGGCCUAUGAAAUAUUUUUCACCGCGUGUCGUUCGUCUCCUGGAUUUGGUGGUCGGAAUGCACACUCAUUCCAUAUAAAUAUAAAUAAUCAGAAUGAGUCCAAGUCAAGCAAUGUGGUGAUGUCUCCUACGAGUAGGGUGAAGAAGGCUUUAGGUUUGAAGAUGUUGAAAAGGUCACCGUCGAGGAGAAUGACGUCCGGUGGAAGAGAUGGAGGGCCGUCAUCACCUGUUAGUGGUGGCAGCCCUUUAUAUCACUCUAACUCCAUGUCGAUGUACAGGCCACGGAGGCCGAUGACAUCUGCAGAGAUCAUGAGGCAACAGAUGAAGGUGACAGAGCACAACGAUAAUCGCUUGAGAAAAACCAUCAUGAGGACCCUUGUUGGCCAAGCAGGAAGAAGAGCAGAAACAAUAAUUAUCCCAUUAGAACUAUUACGCCACCUAAAACCAACAGAAUUCAGUGAUUCUCAUGAGUACCAUAUGUGGCAAAAGAGACAACUUAGAGUCCUUGAACUAGGUCUUCUAACCCACCCUUUAGUCACCGUCGAAAAAAACAGCACAUUCGCCUCGCGACUAAGAGACAUCAUACGUAAUUGCGAGUCAAAACAAAUAGACACAAGCAAAAACUCAGACACAAUGAGAACACUUUGUAACUCUGUUGUGUCAUUAUCAUGGAGAGGUCAAAAUGGAGCACCAGCUGAUGUUUGUCAUUGGGCUGAUGGUUUCCCUCUCAACAUUCAUUUCUAUAAUGCACUUCUUCAAGCCAUUUUCGAUAUUCGUGACGAGACAUUAGUCCUUGAUGAAGUUGAUGAAUUACUUGAGUUGAUUAAGAAAACUUGGUCGAUAUUAGGGAUAACAAAGUCAAUUCAUAAUAUAUGUUUUGCUUGGAUUUUGUUUCAACAAUAUGUAGCAACUGGUCAAGUUGAAUUUGAUCUUCUUUCUGCUUCAAAUAUUAUGUUGAGUGAGGUUGCUAAUGAUGCUAAGAAAGAAAAAGAUUCUUUUUAUCUUAAGUUGUUGACAUCUGUUUUGAGUUCAAUGCAAAGUUGGGGUGAAAAGAGGUUGCUUAAUUAUCAUGAGUUUUUUCUUAGAGGGACUAUUUGUCAAAUUGAGAAUCUUAUUCCUUUGGUUUUGUCGGUUUCAAAGAUUUUGGGUGAAGAUCUGAUGAUAACUGAUGUCCGUGAAGGAAGAGAGAACGGAGAUACUAUUACAAUUGUUGAUUCGUCUAGUGAUAGGAUCGAUUAUUACAUUAGAUCUUCUAUGAAAAAUGCUUUUGACAAGGUAAUUGAGGCAGUGAAUGCAAAGUAUGCUGAAUUGCAAAUAAAGGGUGAACUAAGUGCAAUUCUUCUUCACAUAGCUCAAGAAACAGAAGAAUUGGCAAUAAAAGAGAGACAAAAUUUCAGUCCAAUGCUAAGGAAAUGGCACCCUACAGCAAGUGCUUCUGCAGCCUUGAUGUUGCACAGCUGUUAUGGCCAUGUCUUAAGGCAAUAUUUAAGUGAUGUGACCUCACUUACACGGGAAGCCGUCGAGGUACUUCAAAGGGCUGGAAAAUUAGAAAAAGUUUUUGUUCAAAUGGUUGUUGAAGAUGUUAAUGAAGGUGAUGAAAAUGGAAAAACAGUUGUUAAAGAUAUGGUUCCUUAUGAAGUUGAUUCAGUUAUAUUGAACCUUUUGAAAAAAUGGAUACAUGAAUCACUGUCCAAAGGAAGGGAGUGUAUGCAAAGAGCAAAAGAAACUGAAACAUGGAAUCCAAAAUCCAAAUCAGAGCCAUAUGCACAAUCAGCAGCAGAGAUAGUGAAACUGGCCAAGAUAACUGUGGAAGAGUUCUUUCAAAUUCCAAUAGGAAUAACUGAAGAAUUGGUUCAAGAUCUUGCUGAUGGAUUGGAAACUAUCUUCCAAGACUACAUGAUGUUUGUUGCAGCAUGCGGUUCAAAACAAAGCUACAUUCCUGCACUUCCUCCAUUAACAAGAUGCAACCGUGAUUCAACGAUCAUCAAGUUCUGGAGGAAAGCUAGCCCUUGUGGUUCAAACCUAGCAGAGCUGGAUCAUGUAACUGGAACAAAUGAAGGACACAAUCCAAGACCAUCAACUAGCCGAGGAACACAACGCCUUUACAUUCGUCUCAACACCUUACACUACCUCCUUGCACAGAUCAAUUCUCUCGAAAAAUCGCUAUCUCUAAACCCCAGCCUAGUCCCUCCAACAAAGCAUUACUUCACAAACAGCCAAAGAUCGCAAAGUACUAAAAAAGGUUCAUAUUUUGAAAUAGUAAACACUUCACUUCCAGCAGCAUGUCAACAUGUUUCAGAAGUCGCAGCAUACCGUCUCAUAUUCCUUGAUUCAAACUCAGUCUUCUAUGAUAGUCUCUACAUCGAAGAUGUAGCGAACGCACGAAUUAGGCCGGCUUUGAGAAUCCUAAAACAGAAUCUCACACUCAUGACUACACUAUUAGUAGAUAGAGCUCAACCAUUGGCAAUGAAGGAAGUAAUGAGAGCUUCCUUUGAUGCAUUCCUAAUGGUUUUGCUAGCUGGAGGUAACUCAAGAGUGUUUAACCGGUCAGAUCAUGUCAUGAUUCAAGAGGAUUUCGAGAGCUUGAACAAAGCUUUCUGCACUUGUGGUGAAGGAUUGGUGUCCGAAAAUGUCGUAGAACGAGAAGCUGCAGUGGUCGAAGGCGUAAUUGAGUUGAUGUCACAAAAUACCGAACAAUUGAUGGAAGAUUUCAGCAUUGCAACAUGCGAAACAAGCGGCAUUGGUGGAAUGAAUAUUAGUGGACAAAAAUUGCAUAUGCCUCCUACUACUGGAAGGUGGAAUAGAUCUGAUCCUAACACAAUAUUGAGAGUUUUGUGUCAUAGAAAUGAUAGAACUGCAAAUUAUUUCUUAAAGAGGACAUUCCAAUUACCAAAGCGGAGAUAAUAUGCGCCGACAUGACAGCAUAAUUUUUUUUACACUGUCAAUCAAUCAUAGUCGUAGGGUCAAUUAAAAUAUUUGACUUUAAUCGUAUCUAUCUUAAAAGUCAUAUAAAAUAAAAAUGAUAGUUUAUGAAUGGUUGACUGUAAAAAACAUUUACACUGACAGUGGGUUUAAUCUCUAUGCAUAUAUAUAUUUAUAUGUACACCUCUUGGUGAAAAUAUGGAUUGUGACAAGGAAGAACAAGCAUGAAGGGAAGAAGCACAUAAGAGGUUGUGAAAUAUUGAAGAAAGCAAAGAUUCUCAUUUUCAUCACAUGUAAGAAGUCAUUUUGGAGAGACUAGUGAUGAUGGCCAUAGAAUCUGUGCUGAAUUGUAUACUUACACAGAUAUUCUUUAAU